GUGAGCAGCUGAGAGUGCAAAUGAUUGCAAUUGCCAUUUAAACCAGCCCAGGUGUAGUUUAUCCUCUCUGGUACUCUGGAGUGUGAGAGCAGAGAAGUGCUCCUCUUUAGCUCUGUGUCUGGUCCUGCUUUUUGGCUGUCCAUGGGUCAAAGAAAGGGGGGCGCCCCGUCCCGGCGGCCGGCUCGGCGGGGGCUGCCCCCGCAGCCCACCAUGACCGGGCCGAGGCUGGCCCUCGCCGCCGCGCUCCUCUGCAGCUGCACCUCGCCGGUGGCCGACGCCAACUCCUGGUGGUCUUUGGCCAUGAACCCCAUCCAGAGGCCUGAGAUGUACAUCAUCGGCGCCCAGCCGGUGUGCAGCCAGCUGCCGGGGCUGUCCCCCGGGCAGCGCAAGCUCUGCCAGCUCUACCAGGAGCACAUGGUGUUCAUCGGGGAAGGCGCCCGCAGCGCCAUCAAGGAGUGCCAGUACCAGUUUCGGCAGCGGCGGUGGAACUGCAGCACGGUGGAUAACACUUCCGUCUUUGGCAGGGUCAUGAAAAUAGGCAGCCGAGAGACGGCCUUCACGUACGCGGUGAGCGCGGCCGGCGUGGUGAACGCCAUCAGCCGCGCGUGCCGCGAGGGCGAGCUGUCCAGCUGCGGCUGCAGCCGCACGGCGCGGCCCAAGGACCUGCCCCGCGACUGGCUCUGGGGCGGCUGCGGCGACAACGUGGAGUACGGCUACCGCUUCGCCAAGGAGUUCGUGGACGCCAAGGAGAGGGAGAAGAACUACGUGCGCGGCUCCGAGGAGCAGGCGCGCAUGCUGAUGAACCUGCAGAACAACGAGGCUGGCCGCAGGGCCGUGUACAAGCUGGCAGACGUGGCCUGCAAGUGCCACGGCGUGUCGGGCUCGUGCAGCCUCAAGACCUGCUGGCUGCAGCUGGCCGACUUCCGCAAGGUGGGCGACCUGCUCAAGGAGAAGUACGACAGCGCCGCCGCCAUGCGCAUCAGCCGCAAGGGCAAGCUGGAGCUGGUCAACAACCGCUUCAACAUGCCCACCCAGGAGGACCUGGUGUACGUGGACCCCAGCCCGGACUAUUGCCUGCGCAACGAGACCACGGGCUCGCUGGGCACCCAGGGCAGGCUGUGCAACAAGACCUCGGAGGGCAUGGACGGCUGCGAGCUGAUGUGCUGCGGCCGGGGCUACGACCAGUUCAAGAGCGUGCAGGUGGAGCGCUGCCACUGCAAGUUCCACUGGUGCUGUUAUGUCAAGUGUAAAAAGUGCACAGAGAUCGUUGACCAGUACGUCUGUAAAUGAAAGGAGCUGCCAAAGCGACAAAUCUAUAUUAUAUAAAUCUAUAUAAAUAUAUUUUAUAUUUGUAUAAAUAAACAGAUUAUAAUAAUUAAAGAAGCUUAUUUAAGAGACAUUUUGGUUUUGAAGUCUCCCCCCCACACACAUCAGGCCAGCUAAUUUGAUGUUCCUUCAGUUCUGCCAGGGAAUCUGUCUUUGGGUGCAUCUCCCCUCGGAUGCUUCAGUCAAAGCAUACCAGCAUGUGCUCUUUCAUUACGGAAAGAAAGCCAGUGAGAGAACCCACUCCUCUUUUCUUCUCUCUGAUCAGUAAAUCUCAGCAUUUUGGAACACUUACUGCACAUUGGAAGUUACAGCCAGUCAUGGGUGAGUCCUAGUUAUUCAGAUUUCAAAUCCUGCACUGGGAAAUUUGGAACUGGUUCUUGGUGCCUCUAAAGGGCUUUGUCACAUUUAGAGGGAAGGUUAGCUAAGGCUACGUGAGUAUGGCUUAAAAUCCAGAGUCUUGUAAACCAUUCCUGGAUGCUCCCCAGACCACAGUGGGGUAGAUGAAAGUUCACAGCCUGCUGUUGUGAGGAAGGAAGGUUCAACCUGUGGCUGACCAGUGCACAGCCUGGCAGUGCCCAUGAAGCCAGCACCUGGCUCUUCUGCACCACGUGGGCCAAGGGAAAUCUGCCCAGCUCAAACCACGUGGCUGUGUGUGUGAGGGAUUUUUUCUUUUUCCUUUAAAUCCCAUGCUGAAACUUCAUUUUUCAAUAGAGAGGAAAAGCUGCUGGUGCCAGGGGUGUUUGCAGAGUAUAUUUGUCAGUGGAAAGAAGUGCUGCACACACACACAUGCUCAAAGCUGCACUCCUCAUCCUGCUGCCAGUUCUCUCUGAAGUGGCUGCAGGUGGUCACCUUGUUCAGCUCUGUUAAAUCCUCCUCACCACCAGCCCAGUUGUAUAGUUUCUCUUUAACAUAAAAUGCCCUUCAAUGACAUUUCUUUCCCUCUGUUACUUGUGUAUAUGCCUGUUUUGUUUUAUUCUUUUGGUGAGGUUCUUUUAUUUUGCUGCUCUGUUUCAGAGGGCAGGGGCUGUGCUCUUCCCUGGCAUAAGCUAACCACAGGAAUGUUUGCUCCCAGGGUGUGGGUGUGUGUUCACUGUGGAAGUCUUCUCUGUUUUAUUUCCUUGGUAAUAAAGCUGUAUCAGGGCAGAAGG